GCGUCGGUCCCUCGGAGAACACCGACGACACCGACGACGCACAACGGCACAGCAUUACAGAAUCUUACGUAGUAACUUUGGCCUCCGGCCUGUCUCUUUCUCACUAGCGGCAUAGCGCGGGCAUAGACUAUACCAAGCAACGGGGCAAUAGCGGAGAUCUGCCUUACGAAAAGACGCAAUCAUGUCGAGAUCACACAACCCCAGAUGUUUUUUCGACAUUGAAAUCGCUGGUCGCAAAGCCGGCCGCAUGAUCUUUGAGCUUUUCGCAGACGAAGUUCCCAAAACCGCCGAGAAUUUCCGCGCACUAUGCACAGGCGAACGUGGCCGCAGCACAGCCUCAGGCGCAACCCUGCACUACAAAGGCAGCAGCUUCCAUCGGAUAGUGCAGGACUUUAUGCUACAGGGUGGCGAUUUUACUGCCGGCGAUGGGACGGGUGGGGAGAGUAUUUAUGGUGGGACUUUUGCCGAUGAGUCGUUUGAGAGAAAACAUGAUGUCGAGUUUUUGCUUUCGAUGGCUAAUCGGGGACCUAAUACAAACGGAUCCCAGUUCUUCAUAACGUGCGUACCAACACCGCAUCUGGACGGCAAACACGUGGUCUUUGGACGCUGUCUCGCCGGCCAAGACAUAGUCAAGGAGAUCGAAGCACUGCCCGUCGAUCGCAAAAGCCGCCCGCACGAUAAAGUCGUCAUUGUUAACUCCGGCGAACUGGAACGCGUGGUGGCGGCGAAACGCAAGGUGUCGUCUUUGGAAACGAAGGUGGAAGAUAAGCGGAAACGGUCACCGUCGCCAUCUAGUUCAGAGAGGGACAGCGAGGACGAUCGGAAGAAAAGUAAAAGCAAAUCGCAGAAGAAGCUUCGCGGUCGUUCGCCUUCUGUAUCUGGAUCCGAGUCAACUUCCUCUUCCUCCUCAUCAUCGGAAGACGAAAGACGGAAGCGUAGAAAGCAUAAAAAGAAGAGCAAGAAGUCGAAGAAGCAAGCAGCAAAAAAGGCGUUGGCCUCGACCGAGAAGGAGGAAGGAGAGGUCCGGCCAGGGGAGGAAGAGGAAUUUGUUGGGAUAGCUCCACCGGAAGACGUAGAGUCGUCAUCGAAUUGGCUGAUGAGGGAUGAGAAGCCUUCUGCAAGGUUCACAAACAGCGAUAGACCGAUGGCGGCGCUGGAGCGGACGGAUAAGGAGGGAAGGGUGAUUAGAGGGAGGGGUGCUGUGGUACGUUUUGGACAUUACUCGUCAGUUUGACAUCGACUCUUUGAUCUCACGUCAAUAUGCAACCUGCGAGCAGAAAUUCGGACAUAACGGCCACAGGCACGAUGCUUACCCUAGACGGGACGACAGACGGGAGGACAGGUAUCAUGACCGAGGUGGAGGUUACCGCGACUACGACCGUCCGAGAUACCACCGAGCUGACGACCGCUUCGACGCGCGCCGGGACCUUAGGGAAUCCAUUCGUGGCGGACGAAGAGGGAGCAGAGACCAUGGAGGGGACAAUCGAGACGAACGAAGCAGCACACGACCGGAUGUGGUUGUCAAGGAGAAGGCGGAUGCUCAUGGAGGA